AUGCUGCCGAACAAUGAAGUUCGCGUUCCCCGUCCGCGGGUCGUUCAGUCCGCAGUCCCGCGCGACAUCACCGCUGAAUUCACAGACGCUGCCUCAAAGCUACAUGGUGGCCAGCUCGUGAAAGAUGAGAUGUUCACGCUGUUCGAGGCCGUGGGCGCAUUGGAGAUUAUGGACUCCAAAAUGGAUAGCGGCUAUAUUGCACCCGGAGAAAAUCUUGCGCAGGCGCUAGAAGACGACUACGACGUACGACAGCCGUUGACACCAGAGGAGGUUGUGGGUCUGAUGGACCAGUUGUUGUGUCACGAGGUGGCAUGGCAUAAGGGACAUCCCCUCUCGCAGACGCUCUUCACGUCCAUCUAUCUCGACAGAUUAUUGUGGCCAGUACCUAGAACGAUGGAGGGCGCUCGAUUUGACCGUGUACCAAGUGAUUCUCCUUUGGUCGGCCUUGUGCUGCGAGCUUAUUGUCUUGCACUGGUUAAAUCAUGCGAUCUGGUCCACGCUCGAGUGGCCACUGAAUAUUAUUAUGAGGAAGAGGAUUUUGUCAGUCAACUAUACAACCGAAAUCUGCUAUCUGCCUUCGACAUUUCCCAAUUCCACCGUCUGCUGGAUCAGGCAGUUGCCUGGGUUGGAGACCAGACCGAUAUCGACGAGACGCUCAAACAAGCCAUCCAAUCCAGGCUAUUGUUCCGACACGAGUUCCUGUCCGCAUUGCAUCAAGACCUUGAGGUUCUUGAAACCAGAUCGACGGAAAACUUUGCGUCAUGUAUAGCCCAACUAGAACCUUUGCUUGAGUCUGUCUCGCUAGGAAAGCCAGUGCCAGAGGCUUUCAGUUUGAAAAUCCAGCGCAAAUUGGCUAGCACUGUGCCACCUCGUCCAAUGGUUAACAUCAGCCAUGAUGAUGCUCUGGCUCAUAUGAAACGGUUGUGCCAGGAUGCGAUAGAUAUGCAGCAGAUGCUUGAUUACUGCGGUCCCAGCAACUUUAAGACUGCUGUCUGGACCUUGCUUUCUCGAAAGCCACAACCCUCAAUCUACAUUCGCUGUCUCCUUCAAGCAUUGAUCGUCAGCAAUAUGACCAUUCUUGGCGCCGUGCCUGUCAAGGACUUCCUAUAUGACGACUUGGCAGAACUUGUCUUGCCUGCGAGCAUUUUACUCGAGGCCAACACCGAUGACGUCGAAAUGCCAUCCGAUCCUCGCUUCCAGAUUGCACAGAAGAUGGAUGGCUUCCUAAAACGAUUCGCUCAGCCUUUCGUGGAUACCGUGCGAUGCGCCUGCAUGAAUCGUUGUCGCAUCAGGCGGACAAUUUGCCAUACCAUCGUCGAUUGGGAUAAUCUACAAAUGGAGGCUGAAGAACUUGAUCUAGAGCUCCGUACAUUGAGCGCAGAGCCACCGUUGCAAUUCCAAGGCGGAGAGCCGACCUGGUCUUUCCCACUGAGCAGUUGGGCAUACAACCAAAAGCUUGUCCAUUUCCGACUCAUUCUACAGAUGGGCUUUGAGCUCUCGAUCUACUCCCCAGAAGAGUUACCGGGCAUGUAUUGGUAUCUCUCACAUAUCUGCUCAACCCACCUUGGGCACAUUGAUCGCAUUCGCACUUUCACAGUGGCUGCACGGAAACGAGAUCUCAUGUCUGCUGGCACGCGCACUGGAGGCUCUCUCCAAAAGGCGUCCGCCUUCCACAAAUCAUUCCAUGCUCUGGAGAGGCUGACCACCCACAUAGUUGCGGUCGAUGCCUUUGCAAUUGCCUUGCAUGCAUUGUACGUGGUGCUGGCUCGGCACAACGUGCUCCCGUCCGCCUCUUCCUCCCAAGCAUAUUCCAGCGACCGCCUCCGCUACGAAAUUCGCAUGAAGCCAUUCAUUCCCAUUACUCUGCCAGAGCUUGUCCCUUACGAUGAAUACAAGCGCGAGGCAGCCCUCGAGGGUGAUUCUGACGUAAUUAUCCUGGAGCGCGCCUCCAAGGCAAUCACCGAAGCGAGAAAGGCAUGGGAGGCCACCCUCGCUAACGGCGCAUUUAUCGAUGAUCCCUCCGCCCCCAAUAAGCCGGCUCCUGUAGCCAUUGAGGAGGACUGGAAGCGUGAUGUCAAGGAUACCAUGCGUGCCUGCAUUGGCACCAGCCUGGCCAUCGAAGCGGUUAGAAAGGCACUCGCAGCCUCUUCGAGUGAGAACAAAUCUCUCAACUUGGAGGUCGUUGUUCCUGAAGUCGGCUCGAAGACUCGAUGGCAUGAUUGGUGGGUGGUACCCCAGGUUUCAGAGAAGAAGUCGCAGGCGUAA